AUGUCUUUGCCAUUGCCAUACUACAACGACGACAAGAAGUCCUUUGCUUACUCCACCGUCCACAAGAGAUGGCCUCUCAUUUUGGAAGGUGGCCUUAAGGAUGUCACCACCGCUAUUGCCAGCAAUGCCAACCUCAAGCAAUCGGGAGACGUGAUUCUCGAGGGCUUGCAACAUAUCCUCCAGUCAUUGAAGAACGAUUCGGUGGUCAGACCCUUUGAAGAGUCGGAAAUCGCCCUCAACGCCGAUUUGAAGGUGUACAACCACGCCCUCGACCAAUUCAACCAACAGAAGAAGGUCACCUGGCAAACGGGCCCAUGGCUUUACUUGGAAUGCUACAUCUACCACGCUAUCAACAACUUGUUCAUUUCUUCGAAAGAGAAGUUCUGGCACACCUUUGAUAUUUUCGAAUACUUGAAGGAUUCCACCUUCAAGCAGUCUGAACAUGGUGUGCUUGAACUCUGCAAGCGUUAUGAAGCGUUAGAGGGCCAAUUACAGGAUGCUGAUGACGAGGCCCUCAAAUUGUUGUUCCACGAAUUCAUAGAUAUUUCUCUCUGGGGAAAUGCCACUGAUUUGUCCCUUUUGGCAGGUAACGUCACCCUCGAGGAUAUCAAGUCAGUUCAAGGUGCUGCUGUCAGAAAGAAGAACGAAGAAAAUAUCUUAGUCAACGACUUGCCUCAGGCAUGGGACCAGUUGGUGUCCAAAAAGGGCAACAGAAGAAUUGAUAUUAUUCUCGACAAUUCUGGAUUCGAAUUGUUUGCCGAUCUCAACUUGGCUCUCUUCGUGCUUGAUUCCAAAUUGGUCCACGAGGUGCAUAUCCACUGCAAGGAGAUCCCAUGGUUCGUGAGUGACACCAUGCCAAAGGACUUUGAAAACUUGCUUGAGCAAUUGGAUUCGAAGGACUUCUACCAAGAAAUCCAUGCCAACGACAAAGACUCCCAGGCCAUCAAGUUCCUUCACUCCAAAUUGGUUCAAUAUCGCAAGUCAAACCAAAUCGUGGUUGAAUCCCAUCCUUUCUGGACCUUGAACCUCAACUUCUGGGAAAUCCCAACCAUCAAGGAUUUGUACGAGAAUUUACUCAACUCAGAUUUAAUUAUCUUCAAGGGUGACUUGAAUUAUAGGAAGUUGACUGGCGAUUUGCAAUGGGAAAAGACACACCCUUUCAAGAACGCCAUUCAACAAUUGGCCACCUCCAAGCUUCCAGUGUUGAGUUUGAGAACAUGUAAGGCCGAUGUGGUGGUUGGAUUACCCGAGGGUACUAACGAAAAGUUGAUAGAGAAGUACAAGAGCAUGGGUAAUGAGGUUGGUGAAUUCUGGAGCUCUUCCGGAAAGUGGGCAGUUAUUUCAUUUUCUAACGGUAGAAAUUAA